GGCGCAGAGAGACACUUUCUCUGGGAUCUUAAGUGUACGGGCGGCUGGGCUGGGGCCCGGGGGCUUACCCCCCUCAACGCCCGGCCUCGGGAAAGAGGGUUGGUGCAGGGAGCCGACGCCGUACCCGGCUGUGCCUUGGGCCCUGGGCACCAGCCGCAAUGACUUCCGUGCCCUACCCCUUCCCUGGCCAGGACGCCUGCAAAGCUGUCUUCCAGGACCUCAUCCCCGUCCCGUCGGUGGUGGCUGCCUACCUGCUUGGCGUGUCCCCCGCAACCGCAGCCUCCCCCGAUCUGUCCUAUUCUGGGCCGUUUGGCCACCUCCUGUCCUACUGCUACACCAGGCCUGAGACCCCAGAAGACUCCUACCUGCCCUGCCAGCAACCUGCGGCGCCUUCACAGCACCUUCGCGGCCCCGCUGAGCUCCCACAGGAACCGGAGGCAGAAUUGAAGAAGCUGCUGCUGUCCCCAGAGCUUUCGGACAGACACCCCUGGGUCCCAACCAAGAAGCUUCGAAAGCCCAGGACCAUCUUCUCAAGCCUGCAGCUGCAGCGGCUGAACCAUUUCCAACACACGCAGUACCUGGCACUGCCUGAGAGGGCCCAGCUGGCUGCACAGCUUGGCCUCACCCAGACCCAGGUAAAGAUCUGGUUUCAGAACAAGCGCUCCAAGUACAAGAAGCUUCUGAAACAGAACUCUGGGGGGCAGGAAGGAGACUUCCCCGGGAGAGCCCCCUCCCUUCCUCCCUGUUCCCCAUCCUAUCUAUCCCUCUGGGAUCUGCCCAAGGCAAGCGCCCUGCCCACCGGUGGCUUCGGCAAUGGCUUUGGAGCCUGGGGGCAGCAUCAUUCUCCAGAUGUGCUGUCUGUGCCUCCGAUGGUGUGA